AUAUCUGACGUCACAUUUCUAAAAGUCAACAUCAUUCAAACGCUCGUAGUGGAAACUUCAACACGGCACAUGGUAUAUGAGAAUGGAUGUACUGUUCGAAUUUCCUUGAUGUGUGCAUUACAUAUAUAUAUUUUUAAGCAAGAGUGCAAUUAAAAAGGAUCAAGGCUUGUAGCCCGCCAUGCAGGCAAAGUUACCGUCUGCACUUUUCCUCACGGUGAUUUUGAUUUGGGUAACUGCCGUCACAAAAUCUAGAGGUCAUGUAGAGUGCCCAGAGGGUGCAGGGUUUUGGACCUGUCACGAUACGAUUGAGGAAAUUCACAGUUGUUGGAAAUGUGAUGGCACCGAAGACUGUGAUGAUGGCUCAGAUGAGUCGGAUGCAGAGUGUUCUACAACUUCAAGAAAAAGGAGGUCAACAGAUAAUACCCCCUUCAUACCCCCUUCACCCUUCAUCCCAUGCAAUCCAAACUAUGAACGGUGUCCAGGGGAAGAAAAGUGCAUUCCAUUAUCAAAGUUCUGUGAUAACCAUACAGACUGUGUGCUUGGAGGUGAUGAGACCAGUUGUAAUGUAACAUUUUCUACAAGCUGUGAUAAAUUGAAUUGUACAUAUAAAUGCGCAAAGACCAAAGAUGGGCCCAAGUGCUACUGUAAUGAUGGCGCUAUGAUGUCAGAAAACACCUGCAUCAACUAUAACCCUUGUGACUACCAUGAAGGGAUCUGUGAACAAAUGUGUUCUUACAACAGUACUACAAAGAAAUCUGUUUGUUCUUGUGCAAGUGGUUAUAGAAAGGAUGGGAGUUCCUGUAUUCCUAUAGAUGAUCCAGAGACAGAUAAGGUUUACUUUUGGGUGGCAGCAUCAAAGGUGUUGUUGCAGUUUAAAUUAAACUCUUACUCUGAUACUUCUUUGCGACUAAAUCGUAGCACACCUGAGGCAUAUUACAUCAGAAGUGUAGAUUUUGAUCACAGAAAAAAAGUAGUGUGUUGGAUAAUGUAUGAACCAUAUCCAAAAUAUAUAUCAACAAUGCAAUGUAUGGACCAAUCAACCUUCAAAAUAACAGAAAUUUCGACUGAUGUUACACUAGAAACAAUUGAAAUUAUUGCACAUGACUGGAUUACUGGAAAUUGGUACUUCGUUGAUGUUGUCAACAAUUGGAUCAUUCUUUGCAAUUCAGAGGGGAAGAACUGUGUUAAUAUUGCAAAAUUUGAGGACAAGACGCCACGAGCACUUGUACUGGAACCAAAUUUAGGACUGAUGUUCUACACACUGAAUUCUAAGACUUCAGGCUGGGCCAUAUAUCAAGCUGAUCUCGAUGGCUCCAACAACCGUUCCCUGGUGGAGAAUGGAAAGGAGUUAAUCAGCCCUUCUGGAAUGACCAUUGAUUUCCCAAACCAACAACUCUACUGGGUGGACUCAGCCAAAGACACGAUAGAGAGAAUUGACAUCAAUGGAAAAUCUCUGAACAGACACACUGUUACAAGGUUGAAAACUACAAAAAAUAGAGGCAUUUCCAUCCUGGGGAACUUUAUCUAUGUAACUAGUAAUGAUGAAGUGAAGAUGAGCCGCAUACAUCGCUGGGACCGCUCAUUCAGUGUCACCAAUUAUCAUGACAUCCGCCUGCCAGACCCUUACCAACUACAGGUCUACCACCUACAGCGCCAGCCUAUCAUUCCAAAGGACAAUUCAACACUAUGUGCUGAUUUAGACUGCAAACAUUUGUGUGUGAAUGUACCAUCAGAAACUGGACUUGUCGGCAAAUGUUUAUGUGGAGCUGGAUAUGAACUAGCUGAUGAUAAGAAGCAGUGUCACUUGGCAAGAGACUGUAGUGAAUGUAAUAAUGGUGUGUGUCCAAACAUUGAUAAACAAGAAUGUUCAGUCACAUCAGCCUGUCAGCUUGACUACAGAAGAUGUCCAUUAAAUGAAUGUUUGUUAAGUAAUUGGUGGUGUGAUGGAGAGGCAGAUUGUAAAGAUGGAGCUGACGAGAAUUUCUGCCAUCUCGAAGGAAGGACUUGUUCAGAGCUGACAGAGUUUACAUGUGUCAACAGUAAAGAGUGCAUUGAUAUAGAUUUCCAGUGUAAUGAUGUGCCGGAUUGUGAUGAUGGAUCUGAUGAGGUUGGCUGUGAUGUGUUUUGUGAUGAUACCAAAUAUCCUUUCAAAUGUGAUAGCAACACCAGAUGCCUUUUGAACUCCAGUGUCUGUGAUGGAAAGCCGGACUGUUUUGAUGGCAGUGAUGAAAAAGAUUGUGAUUGUGGGUUUAAAUGUAAUUCUGGAGAAUGUAUCAAUAAGAGGUGGCAUUGUGACCGAGAACGUGAUUGUCAGGAUGGCUCCGAUGAAUUUGGUUGCUUGCCUGAAAAAAAUUGUUCAGCAAAUGAAUUUAAGUGUGACACAGAUGUGUGUAUAUUAAAGAGUUGGAGAUGUGACAAGGAAUAUGACUGUAAAGAUCGUUCUGAUGAAGCCAAUUGCACAUAUUUCACUUGUAAUUUUCCAAAUAUUGCUUGUGGCAAAACCAAGUGCAUCACCCCAGAUCAAAUGUGUGAUACAAUUGAUGACUGCCCUGGUGGAAUUGAUGAAACGGGUUGUAAACCAGUGGCAGAGAGCUGUAAGAACAACAGCUGUUCUGAUAUCUGUCAUCCGGCCCCACCAACACUUCUGAAGCAGUCCUAUAUCUGUCUAUGUAACCAGAGCAGAGAGCUAGGGACAGACAACAGGACAUGUCAUCCUGUAGACAUAUGCCAGACAUGGGGGAUAUGUGAGCAGAAUUGUGAAAAAUUGCCAAGAGGAUACAGCUGUUCUUGUAAUGAGGAGUAUCACUUAGAGGCUGAUGGUUUCACAUGUAGACCACGUGAUAAUGAACCAGUGUAUCUGAUAUUUUCUAACCGUCAUGAAAUGCGCAGUGUGGACCUCACAAAUCACAACUAUGCUGCCCUUGUAUCAGGACUACACAAUACAGUGGCCCUAGAUUUCUAUUAUGCCAAACAGUUUAUCUUUUGGACUGACGUGGCAGAUGACAAAAUCUUGAGGGGCAAACUGCAGGGAAAUGCCCUUACUGAUAUAAAACCCAUCGUAGACAUUGGACUGGCCACCACAGAAGGCUUAGCAGUAGACUGGAUUGGGGAAAAGAUAUACUGGGUGGAAAGCAAGCUUUAUCAGAUAGAAGUAGCAGAGAUUGAUGGAACAAACCGCAACACCCUUAUAGCUGGAAACAUGGUCAGUCCUCGGGCCAUUGUGCUUGAUCCUAGUGUUGGAACCCUGUUUUGGACAGACUGGGAUACAAACAAUCCAAGAAUUGAGAGUUGUUCCAUGGCAGGGGAGAAUAGACAUAUUAUAUUUCACAUAAGACGUAUUGUUGAAAGUGGUGGUUGGCCUAAUGGAUUAACUAUUGAUUAUUACUUCAAGAGGCUUUACUGGAUUGAUGCAAGGUCUGACUCAAUCCACACAGUGACCUAUGAGGGACAUGAUCAUCGUCAAAUUCUACAAGACAAGGACAAUAUCAGACACCCAUUUGCCCUUACUCUGUUUGGUAGCCAUGUUUACUGGACAGACUGGGGGAUCAAUGCACUUGUCUCAGCUAACAAAUUUGAUGGUUCUAAUGUUACAAUCAUCAAACGAACCAACACUCAACCCUUUGACAUUCAAGUCUACCAUCCCAAACGCCAAAUGUCAUCGUCCAAUCCUUGUGCAGAGAACAAUGGAAACUGUUCCCACUUGUGCUUGAUUAGUUACAACAAUACGGUAGGCUGUGUUUGUCCUCAUCUCAUGGAGCUGGCAUCAGAUGGAAAGACAUGCAAACCUGACCAGAGUUUCUUGGUAUUUGUGCGAAGAAAUGAGAUCCGUGGCGUGGAUCUGGAGAAUGCCAAUUUCAGUGUAAUUCCUACGUUAACCACUCCAUAUGUCAAUAAUCCAAUAGCUGUUGAUUAUGAUAUCAGUGAUGAAAAUGAGGGGCAUCUCUACUGGGCAGAUCAAGAUUUAAAAGUCAUAAAUAAAUCUCCCUUGUCAGGAGCAAAUGUCCAAACUGUCAUUGACUCAGGCAAAGCGUUAAGUUUGGAUGGAUUUGUUGUGGACUGGAUUUCCAAAAACAUGUACUUUUCUACUUAUAAUGAUAAAAGCAAGAGAGGUUCUAUUACUGUUGCUAAUCUGGAUGGGGCCUACAGAAAGGAAAUUUAUGUGAAGAAUAACACCAAAGUGGUUGCUAUCACAGUUAGCCCCAUUAGUGGAAAACUCUACUUCUCAGUGUCUGAUGAAGACAGCAUUUAUAGUGUCAAGAUGGAUGGCAGUGAUGUAUCAGCUGUUGUGAAGGAUGCCAAUAGACCAACUAAUUUGAAAUACAAUGAGGCAGAUGGAAAUCUGUAUUUUCUCAAUGAAGGAAAUUAUUCAAUAAUAGCCUGUGAAGUUUCCACCUGGAAAUGUCAAAGUGUUUAUAAUGCAAGUGGCAACCAUUCACAGAUUCUAUACCCAAUGGCAUUUGCUGUAAAUGGCCAUAAAGACAUCUUUAUUGCUCAUGACCACAAGAUUGCGAAACUUAGUUAUGGAAACACAGACUAUAACUAUUCUGUUUUAAGAGAUAAAACCGAUGAUGUGAUAGCAAUGGCCGUCUAUGACAAGUCACAAAGAGUCAAUGAUACAAAUGCAUGUAAUGUAAUAAAGAAUGGUGGCUGCUCCCAACUCUGCCUUCCGACAGGACAAAACAAACGUAUCUGUGUGUGCACAGCAGGAUAUCGUAAAAACGAAAAUGUCUGUGUUGGAAUAGAUUCCCUCAUCAUAUACUCUGCUGUGUCAGAGAUUGGAGGGAUUACAUAUGACCCAACUAAUAGUACAGAGGCCCUGCCCUUUAUCUCCCAAAUACAGAAAGCCACUGCCAUUGAUUUUCAUGCAGCACAAGAUUAUAUAUACUGGGUUGAGACAUCGCCAAAUUACCAGAUUGCUCGUAUCAAAAGGGACUUGACUGAAUAUGAGGUGAUCAUUUCUGAUGAGAUCGGUAGAAUUACUGAUAUAGCUGUGGAUUGGAUAGCAGGUCAUUUGUAUUGGACUGAUUCACAAAGAAAAGUGAUAGAAAUGGUUCAACUGAAGAAACUAGAAACAGACAAUGAGCGCAGAAGAUAUGUUGUUAUUCACAAAGACUUACAGAAUCCACAGAACAUUGUUCUAAAUCCCAAAGAAGGCACUAUGAUUUGGGUGGACAGUGGGAGAAUGACAAUAGAACAAGCAUCACUAGAUGGAGCAGAUCGCAAGAUUUUGAUGAACCUGACAACAUCCAACAUCUCUGGUCUAUCUUUAGAUCACACCAACAAAAAGAUGCUAUAUUGGUGUGAGAGACACACCCACAGCAUUGUGAGGUUAAAUUUGGAGACUGGCCUGAAGAAAAAUAUCAUCAAUGCUGUAGACUGCUAUUCACUCACAGUUUUCAAGACAAAGAUGUACUGGAUUGAUGUGCCUUUAUCAAGUUCCGAGGCGAGGAUAUUAAGUAUGUCUAAGGAAGGAUCAUCUGGGUCACCUACUGUCAUUAAGUCCAAACUACCCAAGACUCUCCACAGCAUCAAGGUCUUUGACAGACUAGUACAAGCAGGGAAUAAUUCUUGUACUGAUAAUAAUGGUGGUUGUGAGGAGAUCUGCCUGUUCAAUAGUCAAAAACGUGUGACAUGUGCUUGUACAUAUGGAAAAUUGGAUACAGACAAGAAAACAUGUUUGGACCAUGACAGCUACCUGCUGUUCUCCAAAGUAACAUCGAUUCAGAGUUUACAUAUGACUGGAAACAAAAACAAACCAACAGGAGAAAUUGUUAACAAAACGCUGAUAAAGAAUGUGAUUGCCUUGGCAGCAGAUUAUAAGCAACGUAGAAUAUUCUUCAGUGAUAUCCAGCAGUCAAACAUUCAGUCCGUUUGGAUGAAUGGUUCAACUUUCUCAGACAUCGUCACAGUCACUCCUUCAAUUGGCUCCGUGGAAGGUCUUGCAUUUGAUUCAUCAAACAGCACCCUGUACUUUACAAGCUACACUAAUUCCUCCAUUAAUAGUGUGAAAAUUAAUCCUGUUAGUGGACAAGCAGAGGGGAGUGUACAGAAACUGAUUCAGUUAUCUACAAGUGAUCAUCCAAGGGCCAUAGUUGUGGACAGCUGCACACAACGUAUGUUCUGGAGCAACUGGCAUAGUAGUCAACCUGGUAUACAACGGGCUUUCUUUAGUGGUUACAGUGCUCAGUACAUUAUUAAAACAGACAUUAGCACACCUAAUGGGCUGACUAUUGAUCACAAGGAACAGUUCUUGUACUGGAUAGAUGCUAGGCUCGACAAGAUAGAGAGAAGUGACUUCCAUGGAAAUCACAGAGCGGUGGUGAUGACCACAAUCCCUCAGCAUCCGUUUGGCCUGGCCCUGUAUCAGGACUACCUGUAUUGGACAGACUGGUUACUUCAUGCUGUUGUUCGUGUUCACAAAUAUGACAGCAAUGACUAUGCCUUCCUAGAGGAGAAUCUACACAGACAGCCAAUGGGAAUAGUUGUAUUUGCUGAGGAUGCUAAUGACUGUACACAGAAUAUAUGCCUCAAUGCUGGCUGUUCCCAGCAAUGUCGAGUGGAAAAGGGACAUGCAGUCUGUUUCUGUAACGACUCCUACACUCUACUGCCUGAUGGAAUUCGAUGUGCAAAAAAUGACACCAUAAUCAACUGUGGUACCACAGACUUUUUGUGCCAUGAUGCAACAAAGUGUAUAUCCAUCUCGCAAACGUGUGAUAAAUUCAGGGAUUGUGUAGAUGGAAGUGAUGAAUUGGACCAAGUCUGCAACCAAGAGCACUGUGGUUCCCAAUAUUUCACGUGUUCCAAUCAUCAAUGUAUACCAUUUGGAAAGCAUUGUGAUAGGACGUUUGACUGCUUGGAUGGAUCUGAUGAGAGGGAGUGUAUCUGUGACAAUGACAAGGAAUUCCAGUGUCGAAACAAGCAGUGCAUCAACAAGAAGUACCGCUGCGACAUGGAGAGUGAUUGUGACGACCAUUCAGAUGAAAUUGGAUGUAAUUUGAACUGUUCUGCCAUAUACCCAGAGCGCUCAUUGAAUUGGGUCUCCUGUAACAUCACCUCAGCCUGCAUCAUGGAGUCAUGGAUUUGUGAUGGUAAAGCUGAUUGUUUGGACGGGGAGGAUGAAAAAAAUUGCAAUACUACAGUUGGAGGUAAAUGUGAUGAAGAGGACAUGUUCCAAUGUAAGAGUGAUGGCCGCUGUAUUCCCAGUAACUGGAAAUGUGACUUCGACAAUGACUGCUAUGACAAAUCAGAUGAACUUGCUUGUGAUGAUGAAUGUGAAGGCAGUAUGACAAAGUGUUCAGAAGGGACAUGUAUUCCUAAAUCUUGGGAAUGUGAUGGUCAUCCUGACUGUUUAAAUGAGACAGAUGAAUCUGAUAUUGUCUGCAAUUUCAACAGAACAUGUAAAGUUAAUGAGUUUCUGUGUACCUCUACCUUCCGUUGUAUACCAAAAGACUGGCUCUGUGACGGAGAUGCCGAUUGUCCAAAUAGUGAAGAUGAAGAUGUAUCCCAGGGAUGUGCACCUUUGACAUGUGGUGAUGAUGAGUUUCAAUGUCAUAAUGGCAAAUGCAUAAAGAGAAUAUUUUUCUGUGACUCAGACAAUGACUGUCAAGAUGGAAGUGAUGAACCUCCAUACUGCUCCAAAGGAUGCAAACUAGGUCAAUUUAAAUGCAUGCAGCACCAUAAUUGUAUCGACAAUAGAUUAGUGUGCAAUGGUUUUCCUGAUUGUUAUGAUCACUCAGAUGAAAAUGUAACUCUAUGUGCCAAAAAUCCUCAAACCAGCUGCACAUUCAAGUGUAAAAAUGAAAAAUGCCUCAACGAUUCAUCUGUGUGCAAUGGGAAGAAUGAUUGUGGGGACAAUUCAGAUGAAGCUAUAAACUGCAAUGUUGAUGAAUGUAAAUUGAUGGAGGAGUCAAGGAAAAUUGGGAGGAAAACAAACAGUUCUUAUUUUAAAAUGUGUCACCACAACUGUACUGAGAAAAAGAUUGGGUAUGAAUGUACCUGUGACACUGGAUAUGAAUUGGAUGCGGAUAAACACCACUGUAAAGAUAUUAAUGAGUGCAAGACUCUAUAUCCCUGCUCUCACUUCUGUGUAAAUACCAUCGGGAGCUUCCAUUGUAUGUGUGCAGAUGGAUUUGAGCUGGCAGAAGACAAGAAGAAUUGCAAAGUGACAGGGUCGGUUAAACCAUAUUUGAUUUUGGCCAAUGGAUUUUACUUAAGAAAUAUAAGCUUGACGGGUCACCAGCAACUGAUCUUGCAUGACCUCAACAAUGCUGUAGCCAUCGACUUUGACUACAAAGAAAAUAUGAUAUACUGGUCAGAGAUCACUUCCACCAUGAGCAAAAUCAGUCGCCUAAAUAUAACUGACAAAAGCAUUUCUGUAAUACAUAACACCACACUGAGAAAUCCAGAUGGUAUUGCUGUUGAUUGGAUUGGCAGAAACAUUUACUGGUGUGAUAAAACCAGAGAUACCAUAGAAGUCUCUAAGUUAAAUGGAUCGUACAGGAAAGUUCUAAUCCAGAAAAAAUUACAGGAGCCAAGAGCUUUAGAAGUUUUCCCAGCAAAGGGACUGAUGUUCUACACUGACUGGGGAACAGAGGCCCAUAUUUCCUCAGCCCACAUGGAUGGCACUAAUGUAAAGAAAAUUGUCACCAAUGAUCUUUCAUGGCCAAAUGCCCUGACUAUUGACUAUGUUACAGAAAAAAUCUUUUGGGCAGAUGCAAACUUAGAUUACAUUGCUAUGGCUGAUCUUGAUGGUAGCCACCGUCAUAUUGUCAUAGAUUCAAAUGUCCCUCAUGUGUUUGACAUGACCACAUUCAUGGAUCACCUGUUUUGGACAGACUGGGAGAGAAUGAAGGUAGAGUCAGCUCACAAAUUUUCUGGGAUUAAUCGGAAACCUGUUGCCCCAGUGAUUCAUCGACCAAUGGGAAUACAUGUGUUUCACAAAAUGAAACAGACAGUGAAAGGAGUAAACCCAUGUCAUAACAAUGGAGGAUGUCAGCAUCUUUGUCUACUGAAGCCCAGUGGAUCUGGUCUGGCAAGGGUCUGUGCCUGCCCUGAAAACCACUACCUUGCCAGUGAUGAUCGAUCGUGCAUUAUGAACUGUACAAGUUCCCAGUCUUACUGUAAGAGGAGUUCCAAGUGCAUCCCAUUUUGGUGGCAGUGUGAUGGUGUGUAUGACUGUGAAGAUGGUGCUGAUGAACCACCAGACUGUGAUGAGUACCCCUGUUCUGUACCUGGAGAGUUUAAGUGUGCCCAUGGUGGCAGUAAGGACAGUGACUGUGUCAACCCAGUAGAGAUUUGUGAUGGAACACCCCAGUGUCACAAUGGAUGGGAUGAGGAUUCAUUUGUCUGCCAAAAUUUCACUUGUCUUCCUGGUUUCACUAAGUGUGUUAACGAGUCUAAGUGUAUUCCCUCUGCUGACCUGUGUGAGACGGCCAGCUGUAACCCACAGCUCUACAAUGAAAUGUGUACCAAUAAGGAAUGUGACAAGAACAUGUUUAAAUGUACCAAUGGCCAGUGUAUUUCGUAUGUGUGGUGGUGUGAUGGGGAUCGAGAUUGCCACGAUGGUUCAGAUGAACAUGAUAACUGUAUAGAGGAGGAUUGCAAGGCAGGAUAUAUUAAGUGUAAUGAGACGGGGCGUUGUUAUCCUGAGUCUUGGCAGUGUGAUGGGGAUGCUGACUGUGGAGAUGGUUCAGACGAAAGCCCUGAUGUGUGUGACAAGAAGUGUGACAAUGACACCCAAUGGCAGUGUGAGAGUGGACAGUGCAUUUCCAAAGUCUGGCGCUGUGAUUUUGAAAAGGAUUGUCAUGAUGGCUCAGAUGAGAAGAGCUGUAAUUCUAAGGAUUAUCGUAACUGCUCUGAGGCCGAGUUCCGUUGUACCAACAAUCGCUGUAUACACAAAUCGUAUAUGUGUGAUGGGGAGUAUAACUGUGAGGACAGCAGUGAUGAAACCAACUGUAAUACAACCCACCAAUGUAAUCCUGAGACUGAUUUCACCUGUAGCAAUACAUGUAUACAGAAAUCUUGGCACUGUGAUGGAGAGAUAGAUUGCCCUGGGGGCGAGGAUGAAAUAAACUGUGCAAAAGAAAAAUGUGAUGGAGGCUUCAAAUGUAAGGGUGGUGCAUGCAUCCCCUACUCCUGGCAGUGUGAUGGUGAGAGUGAUUGUUCUGAUGGCUCUGAUGAAGAAACAGCUCUCUGUAAGAGAUUUAUUUGUGGACAAGACCGGUUCAAAUGCAAUAGCCACAUCUGUAUAUUUGCCAACCAACAAUGUGAUGGAAUUGAUAAUUGUGGGGAUGGUUCAGAUGAACGCUGGUGUCAUCAUGGGAGAUGUUCUCUAAACGAGUUUAUGUGUAAGAACACAUCAGAGUGUAUCCCUAUGUCGAAAGUCUGUGAUGGGAAAAGUGACUGUUUUGUUGGAGAUGACGAAUCCCAUUCAUUAUGUUCUUCAUCAACACAAUGUACAACGUAUGCGUGCCAGCAUCUGUGUAGUUACUAUCCCAAAAUAGACAGAUACAAGUGUAUUUGUAAACAGGGUUUUACACUCGAUCAAGAUGGCUUCUCCUGUGUAGAAUCUGAUGUAUGUAAAUCCUGGGGAGUCUGUCCACAACAGUGUCAGGUUGUCAAACAAGUAAACAUUCCCAGGCCCAACUGUACCUGUUCUGUCAACUACACCUCAGGCUACGUGAUGGGGACCAACAUUCUUACUUGCCAUGGUCAAGGACCAAAACCAGACAUUCUUCUGGCCCUUGAAAAUGAAAUCAUCAAGGCUGGUGUAGGAAAAGCUGGAGGGGAAAAACCACUCAGUAUAAAUGAGGAUACUCUGGAUAAGAUUAUUUCUCUGGAUGUGGAUACUACGGAUUCCAGUGGAAACUUCAUGGUAUUCACAAUGCAGACUUCUCCAGGAAAUCGAUCAGUUCUCUAUGUUGACGAAAUAAACAAGUCUUCAGCCAGAAGGAAAAGACAAACUCGAAAGAAGGUUAUAUCCGAACUGGCUGAGCCUAAAGGUCUGGCAGUGGACUGGGUUGGGAAGCACAUCUACUGGACAGAUGCUCAGACACACAAAAUACAGAUGGCAGAAUACAGUGGGGUUAGAACCAGAACUGUCGUGGAUUCUGAUCUCGAUCAACCGCAUUCUAUUGCUGUACAUCCAGAACUCGGCAAAAUAUACUGGACUGAUCGAGGAUACUCCCCAAAAAUCGAGAGUGCUAAUCUUGAUGGCAGUGGACGCAGGGUUGUUGUCAAGGACAACAUAAUCUGGCCCAAUGGAAUCACCAUUGAUUAUCCCAACAGUAGAAUUUAUUGGGUGGACACCAAGAAACAGACUAUAGAAACUGUAGAUAUGCAAGGAAAAGACAGACAUGUCGUCAGGCAGUUUGACAAGAUAGCCAAGGACCCACCUUACAUGAUAGAUGUGUUUGAAGAUUUCCUGUAUGUUACUUUCUACAAAAGCCAUAAUGUGACAAUGAUCCACAAAUUCAACAGCUCCAAGAUCAAAGACAGGGUGAUGUUUAAAAACCUGAAAUAUAUUGGAGAUAUUGUUGUUCUACAUCCAAGCAAACAAAAGCAAAUAAAAAAUUAUUGUGACCGCUCACACUGCAACCGUGGCUGGUGUGUCAACAUGCCGUCAUCCAACACCACAAAGUGUGUGUGUGACGACUACUCGUACUACAAUCAAUCUCAAAAGGAGUGCAUCUUCUUCAAGAAAUGUGUAAAUGGCAAUCGAAAUGUCACCACAAAACAGUGUGUCUGUCCUCCAAGAUUUGAUGGUACACUGUGUGAGAUAGACUUGUGUAAAGAUCAUCAAUGUGUACCAUACAAAGAGUGUUUUGUAGACAAGAAUAAAAACAUUGGCUGUCGAUGUCAACAUGGCUACUCUGGCAAAACUUGCCACAUCAAAUGUACAGACUAUUGCCAUAGAGGUAAUUGUUCCACCAAUGACAAUGGAGAUAUAAUUUGCAGUUGUCCAGAAGGUUUUACAGGAAGCCGUUGUGAAGAAGAACUUUGUCAUGAAAAGGACUACUGUCAAAAUCAGGGAACUUGUGUAUAUCACCUCUACCUCGAAAAGAAAUGUAUUUGUCAAACAGGCUUUACCGGUUCAAGAUGUAAUUCUUCAUCACCGUGUGCAGACUACUGCAAAAAUAAAGGAAAAUGUAAACUGAGUAACAAUAAUUUACAAGGAUCAUCUCCUUUGUGUGAUUGUCUUCCUGGAUACAGUGGAGAAACUUGUGAAGACAGUGUCUGUGACAACAAACAAUGUGAAAAUGGAGGAACAUGUUUCAUUGAUUCAAAAGGAAAAGCAAAUUGUAGUUGUGCAGUGUUCUACACCGGGAGCAAGUGUGACAAUUGUACCUGCCAAAAUGAAGGGGAAUGUGUGCAGAAUGAUGGAAAAACAUCAUGCAGCUGCCCAACAGCUUUCACAGGACAGUUAUGUGAACUAAGUGCUGAGGGAAGAAGUCCUCAACAGUCCAGUGGUUCCACUGUCAUCAUUAUUGGUGCAGUCAUUGGAGCCAUCUUACUUAUUGCUAUCAUCUUCAUCAUUAUUGUUGUCAUUAUGAAGAGAAAAAGACCCAGAUAUCCUAGAAGUAGGAAUCCCUUCAAACACCAGAGAAUGAACGGGGUGGACGUCCCGAACCCUCUGUACCGGGAGAGGGAAACAGAUGAGGAGGGCAGAGAAAUGAACCCCCAGUUUGACCUUGAGGACCAUGAAAACUUUGCCAAUCCAAUGUAUGAUCGAAGACUGUAUCAAGCAGAAAGCACAGAUGUUUUGCUACCAAAGGAAAGUGACCAAGAUAACAAUAUUAUUGAGGGCAAUGGCAACCUGCGGAUUUAUCGCAAAAAGGACAAAAACAAAAAGGCUAAAGGAAACAACAUUUGAAUGGUGCUGAAUUUGACAUCUACAUGUAUCUUGUGCAUAUAAUAUAUCAGCGAGAGAGAUAGAGAUCAACAGAAGGGUUACCAGAGGAUUCUGUUAAUUUGGUUGGACUUAAGUGUGAAAAGAUUGACUUUGCCAAAGUGUAAUGUUUACAGCAUUACAGUGAAACUGUUUUGCAAUUUGUAAUGUGACAUAAUUGUUUCAUAGGUUGUGAAUUUCAGUCAUCAGGGAACAUAAAUCUCCAUUUUAUACAUCUUUUUUUUUUUUACAUUGCAUGUUUUGUGAAAAGAGAAAUGAAUGAAUGCAGGCGCUUGUGUGGCAGGGACAGUGUUGAAAAUGUCCUCUGUAUAAUAAAACUUUAUUAUGUUUGAAGUUUAAAGAUCUUUUAGUAAUUUAAAACACUGUGUGGUGUCUGAAAAUAUUCCGUUGAUUUAUACAUUUAAUUUUUACUAAACUUCCUAAGGCUUCCAUAUGAACUGACAAUCCAGCAUUGCUCGUUUUUUCCAACGGUGCUUAACCAAACAUUUUAUUGUUGAAAAGGGAAUAUAUUUUAUCUAUAUUUUCAGAUAUCAGGAAAUAUUGUCUACUUAAUCAUGUCUGAAAUUGAUAAGCAUCUGAUUUGCCAUAAUGCAGCAAUUGUUUUUCAUGCUUGCUUUGGAUUUAGCAAUCAGUUCAGUUGAAUCAUGGUUGUUUUAAUGUAUUCAUUCUGAGUACACUUAUUGAAAGAUUGUUGUGAAUUUAGAGUUUAAUGAAUUGUUUAUUGAUGAAUAGAUUUAUUUUAAUUUAUGCUAUAUGUAUGAGUGUAGAUGUCAUAUCAUUAAUACAGUCAUCAUUAGUGACAUAUAUGUAUGUUCCAUUUCUCAUUGCACUAUCAGACAAAGAGCACUAUUUUGUCAGUUGAGUAUAUUCAUGAAUAUCUGUUUUGCUAAGGAAUGUAACAAAUGGAAAUGAUUUUCCUCAACCAUAUGCGUAUACAUUUCUAUUCCCAUAUGAAAUAAAUGCUCUUUGUGUAAACAUAAUAUAAAAUAGCAGGCACAUUUUGAAAGAAAGGGACUUGACAUAUAUGUCCUCAGUUAGAGACACAAGUGUUGUGAUUAACAAAGUGCUCCUUUUUAUUGACAUUUCAUUUGAAAUACCACCGCUUUUUGAUCAUAAAUCAAAAUCAUCAUUUACAAUCAAACAACAGUUGCCAAAAUCUGGCACAAUGUGUUGCCAAUUCUUUUACCUUCAAAUUAUUUCUUUUCAUCUUAUGUUGAUUGCUUCUAAAUAUGCAAAGUUGACUUUCUUUUUUAUUUUACUUUCACACCUAUGCAAUACCAAUGAAGCAUUGUUGAUGUUGUAAGAAAGAUAAUUUCUUUAAAUUCCCCACAGAAACAAAGAAAAAGGCUUUCUUUAAAAAAUAAGAAAAUUUUUGGUAUCAUGAUUUAUGGUUUAUAAAAUUUUAGUCCGGUGAUUAAGGAUCUGAAAGGUAAAUUUGCUUGUGAAAGAAUUCAAAAAUUAAUCUGAUACAUUCCAAAAUUUAAACAUUUUCUGGUUCAAGGACCAUAAAGGAAGACGAACAUAUAUUGACAUCUCUGCUGCAGAUUGUGAUGUAAUUGUAGUGGGCAUAGCUUUAAUGUAUUCCACAGAUAUUGUUAUACACAGAUUUAUAUUUUGUAUAUUGGUUUUUUUCUCUCGACCUAUUGGUCAUACUUAGAAGGUAUACCAGAACCUACCAAACAUAUCUAGUAUUAUAAGUGUGCUGAAUGGCCUUCAUUCAUUGUUGCUGUGUUGUUGAAUCUGUCAUCUGUUAAUAUGAAAUGAAUACAUUCAUUAUAAUCUCUAAUGUUCAUAUUCCCCUGAUGUGUUGAGAAUGAUGAUGUGCCCUGCGUCCCUGGUUGUGUCAUAGCAUGUACUAUGAUGUCAUUUGUACACUGGUUUGAUGUUGAAAAAAAAAAUCUCUUUUUCUGUUUGUUCUAGUGUAUCUAUUUUCAAUCAUUCAUAUCAAAUGUUGUACAUGUAAUAGAGAUUUAUAUGAAUACUGAGCCAUAUUUCUAUUGCACAUGUACUACAAAUUAUUACUAUUCAUUUUGUAUUGAAUAUAUUCUUCAAAGUUUUGAUGCCACAAAAUGCAAUCUAAACACAUAUAUAUACUUGGUAAAUAUUGUGUUGUGUAAUCCUAGAUUGUUUUGUAUUUCUUGUUAGGAUCUGAGAACAUGUUUAUUUUAGUUGUUUAAAAUGAUUAGUCUAAUGUAUAAUUGAUCUAGCCUUUCGUUGAAUGUAACCCCAUUUUUGUACAUUCCAUUCCAUAUGCUUAUCUCUAAGAGAGAAUAUUUCAUUGAUUACAAACUGAAAUAAAUUUUGCUCUAGAA